CUCGUAGACGCGAGCCAGGUUGGCUAAGGCCCGGCCCAGAAAAGGAAGACGACGACUCGAUAUUAGCACUAGGUUACGAUGGACCCGGCUCUGAAGAACAAAAGCGCGAGCCGGGCCGGCGACAAAACAAACCAUGGGCAAGAUAGCAAAGAUAGAGUACUUCCGCGUGCCACCGCGUUGGUUGUUCGUGAAGAUCACUGACGACACCGGCAACGUAGGGUGGGGCGAGGCAUCGCUCGAGGGCCAUACGCAAUCGGUGGAGGGAUGCCUGGAUGCGUGGGCGGAGAAAUACUUGGGGUUCGAAGCUGACGAUAUCGAGCACAUAUGGCAGUUGUCAUAUCGAGGCAACUUUUAUCGAGGGGGGCCGGUCCUGAUGAGCGCGCUGAGCGGGAUAGAUAUAGCAUUAUGGGACCUGAAAGCUAGGAAACUGAAUGUCCCAAUUUAUCAGUUGCUCGGCGGAAAGGUCCGGGAUAAGCUGCGCGUGUAUGCGUGGAUAGGGGGUGACCGACCAAGCGACGUCGUAGCGCAAGCGAAUGCUCGAAAGGCCCAGGGAUUCAAUGCGGUGAAGAUGAACGCCACUGAAGACCUCGGAUGGCUCGACACCCCGCGCAAGCUCGACGAAUGCGUCGAGCGCGUCAAGGCCGUGAAGUCGCUGGGCCUCGACGCCGGCGUCGAUUUUCACGGGCGCGUGCAUAAGCCGAUGGCCAAGCAGCUCGUCGCCAAGCUGGAGCCGUAUGACCCGCUGUUCGUCGAGGAGCCGCUGCUGAGCGAGAACAUCGGCGGCAUCAAGGACAUCGCCGCCCGCACGCACGUGCCGAUCGCGCUCGGCGAGCGCCUGCACAGCAGGUGGGACGUGCGGCCGUUCCUCGAAAGCGGGUGCGUCGACAUCCUUCAGCCGGACAUCGCCCACGUCGGGGGCAUCUCGGAGAUGCGCCGGAUCGCGUCGGCCUGCGAGACGUACGACGUCGCGCUCGCACCGCACUGCCCUCUCGGCCCGAUCGCCCUCGCCGCUAACGUCCAGGUCGACGCCGCGAGCCCCAACUUCGUCAUCCAGGAGAUGAGCCUCGGCAUCCACUACAACGUUGGCGGGCAGGAUCUGACCAACUACACGACAAACCCAGAGGUGUGGAAGGUCACGGAUGGGUACAUUGACCUGUUCCGCGGGCCUGGCCUCGGGAUCGACGUCGACGAGGUCCAGGUGCGGGCCCUUUCGAAGGACUCGAAGGCUUGGGUGAGCCCAGUCUUCAUAGGCCCAGGCAACGAGUUGAGAGAGUGGUAACAGGAAAAUCUCGUUUGAUGAGAACAAAAUGAAUGUCCCACCCAAAGCUUAACUGGGUAAAAGGCGAAAUUGAUAUCCCAGCAACUUCAAUUAAUAUGCUGCGUAGCAAAAUACAUAGGUAAUGCUACCUACGGUUGUCAUGUAACGAACGCUACCUUACCUACAAUAAGCCCCCAUAACCCACGAGGGAGAGGUAAGACGUCUAAUACGUUUUCGCCUAACACACAAGCCUAGAAAGCGGACUAGGAAGUGUAAGCGCCUACGUUUUCUUGCACGAUUCAGCCACGCAUCAUUUAUAUAGAGCACGCGGCUGUUAUCCCUUAGGGGGGAGAAGAGUAGAAACCAAAUCGAUCAUAUCGUCGGUAAGAAACCACCAACUUGUAUCA